AUUAUUUCUUUCUAUAACACUUCUGCGUGAGCUAUUCGCUAGCUGCUUCAAUGCCUGCGGGUCACGUGACGUUUUUUUUUUUUUUUUAUUUAUACGCGUGCUUCCACCCUGGGGCCCUCAAAAAAUUGGAAAUAUGCAGUAACAUCGACUUUCUGACUUGCAUCGAAAAAUAAUGCGUAACCGAAUAUACACCUGGACUUCUUUCCAGCUGAUCGCCUACGCCGUUGCAAACUUCAACCAGGCCUUCAGGAGGAGGGGCGAAAUUUGGAACGAUUACUGGAAUCGGUGGAACACACUGGACUACAACAGUGUUUACUGCGUCUACGCCUCAACGGAAGAGAGCUACACAAAACAGCCGCAGACGAUCGCCGACGAGAGCUUCGACGGAUACUUCAGUGGGCGAAACUACAUCCGCCAUAUACGUGCGACGCGCUUAGCUCACCUGGCCUUCAGGCGCGUUCCUUUCGCUCAACAGCAAGUACUGCCGGCGAUCAGGCUGUCGCCUACGCAGCUGUUUCAGGCAGCGUACUGCGCCUUCAGCUGCACACGCCGCGUGGAGCGGAAUGCAACGCUGUACCCUGAGAACAUGGCCUGCAUGGUGAUAUUACUGCACUCAAGAGGCUUGGUGAACGCCUCGUGCGAGAGCACCCAGUACCAAGCUAAUCAGCCCUGUUACUACGCAUAAGCGCAUGUUUUGUUUUUAUGUGUUGCUUUUAUCGGGGAGAGGGUGGUGUUGCGUGUAUUCGAUAAAGUCAUUCAGUGCUGCA